UAGUUUCCCAGACUAACUAACCAUCAGCAGACCGCUGUUCAAACAGCAGACAUGGGACUGUGGUGUCACCACAACUCCAACCAAGAGAAGGAAGUCGUCUGUAGCUGAAGAUGUUGAUGUUGGAGCUUUUACUUUUCCACCUGUGUUUCUAAUUUCUUACCCAGUGAAGGACCGGAAGAGAAACAAGUUAAAUGACAACUGAAGUUAUCCGUGCUUUUUUGAUACCUAGGGCAAAGUGCCACACCUUCGCUUAGCGCAACAGCUCCUCGACACAGCUGGCCAAAUGGGGUGCCGAUGCUGCCGGAUGAUAAAAAGCUACAUCUACGACCCCUCAGUGGCAGUGGAUGGUAAGACCGACUCUGCAGGCAGCUCGCUCUACCAGCCCCACCACCUCCCAGGUGGGGUCCCCAUCAGUGACCCACUCAGCGGCCACAACAAGCAGAAGCAGGGCUUCCACAACCUGGGCUACAGCAAGUCCAAUGACAGUACUCUUAAACUGGAGGUGGACAACAACCACGUCAACCAGAGGUUGCAUGCAGCACCUGCACCUGCACCUGCACCUGCGAAGGAGCUGCACCAACAGGCGAGUGCACCGCCUGCUGAUCUGUACAUCAUCCAGCCGGUCGAUCAUGGACCUAGAUGGAUGAUACAGGAGAAAAGCCCGAGCCAGGUGCCGGUUUACCCCAACAUACAGGCAUACGACAACCAAAGAGGGUACGGCGAGCAGGGACACCGGGCGUCAAGGAACGGGUGGGACAGCUCCAUCACCGAGUGCGUGACCGGCAGCGAGAGCCUGUCAGCAGAUGAGAUCGAGGUGGACGAGGGCGUGGGGGGGACGCCGGAGUACCCCUGCGACACGGGGGACGAGGGGAGCAUCCUGUCGGUGGACAUUCACACCAGCUCCACCAGCCUGUCCUCGGCCGACACCAGGGACGAGCUCAGGCCGCCAAAGACUUCUGACGUUUCCACUGAGGAGAGCGGGAUCUCAGUGACUAAGAGCGAGGACGACGAGGUGCAGAGUGUCACGGACUCCAUGGUGGCUGAGGCCCUCGCUGCCCUCGAGGCUGCCACCGCUGGGGAAGACUUUGAGUGAUGGACCACUGUGCUCUCCCUCGCUCAUCAACCAAAACCAACAGACUCUGACCUGACAGAGCAUUUAAAACCACCAUGGAUCUUUGCCACAGUUCUGAAUAACACAUCUUGUGUUUUCAAUCAAAGACCAUGGUACGAAUGAAGGAAAACUCUGUUUACAAAUAAGAACAGAUUUAUUUUUGAACUUGAAGAAUUGGAUUUUUUUUUUAUUGUGGUCACGCUGACAGGAGAUAACGCCUGCCUUGUGAAAGAGGCAAUAUUUCCAAUGCUGCGAGGUUUGCAUAAAGCCACAAACAAAGAGACAUCAGUGUGUAGACUGAACAUCGCCUGCUGCCAUAUCAGCCCGUUAGUCCUUUCGAAUAUAGUGUAUUUAACACUCCACAGUCCUGAUAAGCCUGUAUAUGCUCAUUCACUGCUUUGCCAUGUCCAUACUGCGCUUGCACAGGUAUUAGUACGACAAUACAUGUUGCAUUUAUCACAUAAUUCCUUUGUUGAUGCACAGUCUCUGCCAUAUCUUGCUGUCUCUUCAGGAAUCUCGCCCUUGUUUCACCAAGCAGGCGAAAGAGGAAAGGUCAUCGCAUAUUUUUUAAAAUAUACGCUACCCAUGUUUUUGUUUUCUCUUGUUAUUUAUAAUAUCUGCACUCACAUCAUCUUUGAUUUAUUGUGAGAAGAAACUGGACGUUGCUAUUAAAAAAAAAAAAAAGACUGGAGCAGAAGAACGUGAGGGGGGAUGAGGAAACAGUCCUUAUUUACAGCUUAUCCACUUGUGUGUCAGUGAUGAUUUCAUCAGAAUGAAAGACUUAGUAUACUAGCUACUUGGGAAUUAAGAAAUUAGUUUACACACUGCUCAUGUUAUCAGACGCAUGUACUCUCAUGAUUCUCACUUAUUUCUUCAACAAUUAAUUUCUAGUUUCUAUGCACAACUUUGAGUGAGACCAUGUCAUGUUGUGAAGUAUCAGAAGAUCUAUGCAUAUUCAAAAUCUUGAGCAGGUUACCAAAGGAUUAAAUGGAACUACCACCUCUUCAUUUCACUGAUAUCACCUUAGGUUCUGCAGUUUUUCAACCUUGUUCAUGGCUGAACAAGACCAGUUCAGGUCAAAUCACCCACACACAGGCAUCAAUUCACCCUGCCAGCUUUUUUUCCCCAUAAUAGGUCAGGAUGUGUGUUUCUAGUCAGGCCUGUGACAUUAGUUCACCCCAGAGCUCACACAUAUGCUUUAAUAAUGAACUAAUCGAGGCUAGAUGGUGCAGAAGAAAUUAAGUGUGUUAAUGCUAAAUAAGCUGUUUGCUCAAUGAAGUUCUGAAUUUGUUUGACAGCGACUCCCCUUUUCAGUCAUCAUUUGCCUGCCAAAUCAUUUCUACUUAUUAUAUUUGUAUUGAAAAAUAAAGGAAUGUACUUUUAAAAAAGUUAAACCAA